UAUUAUUUUUAUGUCGCCCUUACAAAAAAUUUAAUUUUUAAUUAAAUUUCAAGUAAAAAAAAAAACAACUAAACUCCCAUGGAUUUGGCACAACUUGAGCAAGAAGCUCGCCAAGCAGCCUUAAAAGAUGUUAAAAACAUGCUCCAACGUCCAGGUCAACUGGAGAAAGUCGAUCAAUAUCGUCAUCGAGUUGGGCGUAAAAAAGCCUCUGUCGAGGCAUUACUCAAGACCGGAAUGCAAAACCAACUCGAUGGAGUUCGUGUUGGUCUAAAACAAUUAGUGACAUGUUUGGAAAAUGUCAAAGAUGUUGUUGUCAUAGUCAAAGAAGUCGAUGGUUUGUUGGCUGGGGUUCCAGAAAUUUACGAUGCUUUGGAAGUUGUUCGCGAAGAGAAUACAAAACAUUCUCAAUAUGCAACUGCAAUGGAAAACCUAAAACACAUAUUCAAUGUGCAAUCAAGUGUUGCCAAGACAAUGCAACUCAUUGACGAGGAUAAACUCCUUAAUGCACAUCAAUGUCUUUCGGAUUUGGAGAAUUCUCGAGAUGAUUUGUUGUAUGAAUUGCAUAAGCAAUCUAAACAACAUGCAAGUGACAAAAUCACUUUGAAGAGACAUUUUGAAAAAGUCGAAACAGUCUCGCAAGCGCUGGAGAAAAAGAUUCGAUUGAUUAUGAACCGAACGCUGAACACGGUGCGCAAGGAACCAGUUGUCAUUGUGACUGCAUUGCGGAUAAUUGAGCGCGAAGAGAAGAGCGAUCAAUUUGCAUUGCAACAACAAAAGGUAACUGGUUUCCUGCCACCAGGCAGACCCAAAAAUUGGCGUCAAAUGGCCAUGAAUGUUUUGCGUGAAGCCGUAGUCACUCGAAUCGAAGGCUCCAAGGUUGAAGAACGUGCUGAUAAUAAGCUAUGGUUGGUUAGAGAUUUGGAGAUAACUCGGCAAAUUAUUUUGGAAGAUUUGCGUGUGGUUAAAUCGUUGUGUAUUCCAUGCUUUCCACCACAUUAUAAUAUUUUCAAUGAGUAUGUGAAGCUUUAUCAUCAAGGAUUGUCUGAUUAUCUCGAUGGCAUUGCUAAAGGUGGCUUGGAAGGCAAUGAAUAUGUUUCCUUACUUUCUUGGGUAAUGAAUACCUAUCCUGGAGUUGAGUUGAUGUCCCAUCCAGACCUAAAGGUUGAUGUUCACUCUUUAAUUGGUCCAUUAUUACGUCCGGAGCAUUUGAAAUCCCUGGAAGGAGAAUAUCUCAACAAUAUGCGCAAAAACUACCAAGAUUGGAUGAGCAAAGCUUGUGAAACAGAAAAACAAGAAUGGAUGUCCAAUUGUCCACCUGAUCAAGAUGAACAAUAUUAUCAAAGUUCAGCUCCAGUGAUCAUAUUCCAAAUGAUUGAUCAACAUUUGCAAGUUACCAACACAAUUCAUGUUGAGCUGACGUUCAAAGCUCUUGUUCUGAGCAUUCAACAAGUGGAGAUAUUCGGACAGAGUUAUUUGCAAGGAGUAAUUGAAUUGAAAGAACAUCACUUCCGCAAUCGAGAUCAAGUGCAGUAUUUUACACACUACAUUAUUACAAUUGUGAAUAAUUCACAGCAAAUGAUCGAAUUGGCUCAGCAAAUGAAACAACUUUAUUGGCCCAAAUCCCGCACUGAACAUUACGAAGAUUUUGAGAAACUUCUACAAACAUUCAGAAAUAUUCGCAGUCAUGCAGUGGGUUAUCUUCUUGAAGAAGCUUUCCUUGACAUGGAAGUCCAUUUCAAUGACUUGUUCACUGUAAAAUGGUUACAGAGUACUGUUUCCGUUGAUACCAUUUGUGCUACUCUGGAUGAUUAUUUCCAAGAUUACAAUCAUCUCCGCCCGGUUAAUUUUGAGUUGGUGAUAAAUGAAGCCCAGAAUUUGGUUGCCAAGCGGUAUAUCAAAGCUCUACUAUCGAAACGUCUCUCCAAACCCCGUCAAGAAGUUGAAGCUGUUACAAAGAAAAUCAACCAAGAAGCACGUCGCUUUAAGUUGUUCUUCGAGAAAAUAGCUCCAAAUCUAUCAAUGUCCGAAUCACCAAUUGAUCUUAUUUCAACUUUAGCCAAUUUGCUUGUUUGUGAUAUUGAACUUUUGGUAUUGGAUUUGCAUACUUUAUUGGGUAGUUGUCCUUCGUUAAGUGAAGACCAUAUUAUACGAUUAUUUUAUAUAAGAAACGAUGUUAAAGCUAAUGAAGUUAGAGAAAAAGUUCAAGAUGCAAUGAAAUCGAAAAAAGCGAUGGUUAGUAUUGCUAAGCAAGACUGCAUAUUCCGUGAAAUAGUUUUUAAUGAUAAACUGUGGUAAAUAAUAAAUAUUUAAUAAAGUAAAAUAUAUAUGUAAACA